AUGUGGCGUUUGGAAGAUGGCGUUCACAUGGGUAAUGAAUGGAUGCACGUUGGGAGGACAGCACAGCCUCGGCUUCACUCAUGUUCCAGCAUUGCAAGCGCGUCUUUCGCUCCUCGCAGCAUUCCCACCGUGAUGACUUCUGACUACUCUGACGUGGAGGCGUUUUUGGACGGCCACCCGGAACUCUUCGAGGAGUACCUGGUCCGCAAGGCCAAGUGCGAGCACAUUAGCAGGUGGCUGCGGGAGCACCGGGCCCCGAAAGUCACCUGCGCGGCCGACGAGAGACGCGGCGCGGCGGCGGCGGCGGCCGGCGCCUCGGCCAGGCAGCCCUCUCCCUGGCCGGCCCAUCCGGACGCUCUGCGGCGCCGGUCGUCUCACGUGGAACUUCGACGCAACUUCGCCCGCUCCAAAGCCACCGCGGCGCACCGGACCUACGACGAGCACGCCAGCUUCGGCCAGCACGACCCCCAGUCCAGCGUGAGGCGACGCGCGCUCCUGCGUAAAGCCAGCUCGCUGCCUCCCACCACGGCGCACAUCCUCAGCGCGCUGCUGGAGUCCAGAGUCAGCGUGCCCCAGUACGCGUCCACCGCCACCGACCACAAGUACCGCCUCAGGGAGACCAACGAGAGGGAGUUCUUCUUGGAACUGGUCAAGGACAUCUCCAACGACCUGGAUCUGAACAACCUGAGCUACAAGAUCCUGAUCAACGCCUGCAUCCUGGUGGACGCCGACAGGUGCUCCCUCUUCCUCGUGGAGGGACCCCCGCACAAGAGGACGCUGGUGUCCAAAGUCUUGGACGUGCACUCGGGCACCACGGUCAGGCCGUCCUCCUGCACCGUCAACCCCAGCGAGGUGCAGGUGCCCUGGGGGAAGGGCAUCAUUGGAUACGUGGCCGAGCACGGAGAGACCGUCAACAUCCCUCACGCGUACGAGGACCACCGCUUCAGUGACGAGAUUGACAAGUUGACGGGCUACAAGACUCAGUCCAUUCUCUGCAUGGCUAUCUGCAACAGUGACGGCGAGGUCAUCGGCGUGGUGCAAGCCAUCAACAAGAAUCCAACAGGAACGCCUUUCGCUGAGGACGAUGAAAAGGUGCUGCAAAUGUAUCUACCCUUCUGUGGAAAAUCCAUUUCCAAUGCCAAGUUGUUUUCGGAGUCUCGCAAGGAGUAUGAAAGGAGCAGGGCUUUACUGGAGGUGGUCAACGAUCUGUUUGAGGAGCAGACCGAUUUGGAGAAGAUCGUGAGGAAGAUCAUGCAACGGGCGCUGACCCUCCUGCAGUGCGAACGCUGCUCUGUACUUCUUCUCGAGGACAUCGAGUCACCAGUUGUGAAGUUCUCCAAGACGUUUGAGCUGAUGUCGCCGUUGAGCAACAUGCAUCAUGACAUCAGUAUUAGCAUAGAGAAGCUGUCGUGCUCUGAUUGGCUGAUCAAUAACAGCAUCGCCGAGCUGGUGGCCUCCACGGGACUCCCCGUUAACAUCAGCGACGUGUGCCAGGACCCGCGCUUUGACGCCGAGGCGGACCAAGCCUCAGGAUUUCAUAUCCGAUCGGUGUUGUGUGUGCCGAUCUGGAAUAGAACUCAUCAGAUUAUCGGGGUUGCGCAAAUUUUGAAUCGUCUCGACAGGAAGACGUUCAACGAUGCCGAUCAGAGACUGUUUGAGGCAUUUGUGAUUUUCUGUGGACUUGGCAUCAACAACACUAUGAUGUACAAUCAAGUGAAGAAGACGUGGGCCAAGCAGUCUGUGGCGUUGGACAUGUUAUCGUACCACGCUACGUGCUCAAAGGUAGAAGUGGACAGACUCAAGGCAGCAAAGAUCCCCCUGAGCUGCGAGCUUGGCAUUGACGAGUUCCAUUUCAACGACUUCUCUUUGGACAACGACGCGAUGAUCACCGCUUCUCUCCGGAUGUUCCUGGAACUCGGUGUGGUUCAAACCUUUAAAAUAGACUAUGAGGUUUUGUGUCGCUGGCUUCUCACUGUGAGGAAGAACUACCGAACUGUGGCCUACCAUAACUGGAGGCACGCCUUCAACGUGUCCCAGUGCAUGUUUGUUAUGAUCACAUCAGCCAGCUUUCAGGGCAUUUUAUCUGAGGCAGAAAUUCUGGCGCUGAUGGUUGGCUGUCUGUGCCACGAUCUGGACCAUCGAGGCACCAAUAAUGCAUUUCAAGCCAAGACAGGUUCUGCUUUGGCGUUGCUCUAUGGGACGUCAGCAACCCUAGAACAUCAUCACUUCAAUCAUGCAGUCAUGAUCCUGCAAAGUGAGGGUCACAAUAUCUUUGCAAACCUCUGCUCAAAAGAAUAUAGCAACAUGAUGCAACUACUGAAGCAAGCCAUUCUUUCCACAGACCUUACUUUGCACUUUGAGCGCAGGAGCAAAUUCUUUGAGAGCGUACUUGCUGAAGAAUUCAGUUGGACGGAAGAAAAACACAGAGAAGCCCUCAGAUCCAUGCUGAUGACUGCCUGCGAUUUGGGUGCGGUCACUCGGCCGUGGGAGAUAUCCAAACAGGUUGCUGAGCUGGUGACGAGUGAAUUCUUCGAGCAAGGAGACAGAGAAAGGUCGGAGUUGAAGCUCACCCCAGCAGCCAUAUUUGAUCGAAAUCGCAAAGAUGAGUUACCUGCCUUACAGUUAGAUUGGAUAGACGGCAUCUGUAAACCUCUAUAUAAGUCCCUGCUUAAGCUAAACAGGAAAUUGCAGCCAAUGGUGGAAGGGAUAGACGCCAACCGAAAGAAGUGGCAGGAACUGUGCGUGUCUAAUGAGCAUGCACACGAUGCCUCAGUGACCAGCCAGAGUCCUGAGGCUGUAGAAGACAGCCAAAAGUCCAAUGUGAAGCCAGCGGAAAACACAAACUUGGGGUCAAACGGUCAUCAAGUGUGAAAUUUAGAGUCACACCACAGCUGGACCAAAGGAGUAAAACAACUACAAGGUUAGGUUCAACCUCCAAAAUGAUUGAACUUGCCCUUGAAUCCUUGCCCUGUGAUUAUCAAACACAUGCAGUACUUAUUUUUAAAAAUGUGAAUGACUGAUUUCCUCCAAUAGCGGAUGUUGAGUCACAUGACUGCAAAGAGCACGAGGCGUUUCUUUUAAAAAACGCGACAUGACUGCGACAAAUGCUACAGGACUCUUGAUCAUGUAAAUACUGUGCCCAGCCCUGACUUAAGCGCUCCAAAGUAGUACUGCAAUUAAACAAACCCAUUAGGUAGGGUGGAGGCCCUGUCAUUAGGUUGAUGAUAUUCAUGAUGACGUGAGCUUUACUAUAAUCGGUUUAUGCUCUUCACGUUUGCACUUGCUGCACAGAUGUCAGACCAUGCUGUCUAUUUGAUAUCUUUUAUUCAGUUAUUGUAUUUGUUUCUUUUAAAUCACCUCUAAUGAGUUGCUCUGUCGAAAGAAAGCGCAGAUGUGUAUUUGUUCAAGUAGAUGACGCAACUAUAGCAGGUACAGCGUCAGUUAGAACAAAGGUGGCUAUUUAAGGACGUACAGUACAUGAAACAUUCGUUUUAUCUGUUGAGCUUCACCUUGCAUGAGUGUCACUGUCAAACUCAGGGCAAGGAAGCAGCUCUGUGAUACAGUGAAAUUUCCCAAUUGACACACUUUUCACAUUUAUCACCUUUGUGGGGAAUUAAAUGCUUAAACAUAAGAGACACAAUGUGAACAAUGUUUUGUCAUGGAUGCUGCUGUUUUGUACCAUCUUGAAUGUAGAUCAUUUUCCUGAAUGGGGAUGGGAAUUGAUAAGAAUUUAGCCAAUAUGUUUCCAUUAUCGAUACUGCUUAUCCAUCUGAUUCUCUAACAAUUCUCUUAUCGAUUCACAUUUGGUGAGGGAAUUAAAUCAUGCAAAUGAUACCAUUGAUGUCAUUACCAUUAUAUAUAACAUUACGUGACAUGAUGAUAAAAAGAUACCGGAUUAUACAGUUCCUUCGGCUGUUUGCGUCAAUGACAAGUGAGUACUUACUUGAUGCACCAGAAUAAGUGAUUAGACUGUUUUGCGUGAUGUUUAUUUUUGAAAGUUAGGUACUCUCUGCUACCAGAAGUGGUACACUUUGUCUUAUAGCAUAAGAGCACAAGUACAGGAAUAUCUUAGGAAAAACCCACCCACACACACACACUACGUGUGAAACCCCAAUAUGUAUUUCCUUCUUUGUUGUGUUUAAAUGAAAAGGACGUUUUGAUUAGUAUACUACAGUAUUGUCACGUGUGACCUGACCGACUUCGAUAAAUGCACCUUUGACUUAUUGAAAAAAAAACUGCGGCCCCUUAGGUUUUGUAUUUUAAUACCCCUGCGAUAGAGGGUUAUAUCGGACUACGAUAUACAUUAUAUCGUUAUCGUGCCCAGUUCUCCCUCCUUAAAUUAAAGCUUUGCAAGUGUUGCAGAAGUCACCUCGGUGUCAUCUUCGCAUGAAAUAUAGCCGAACUUUAUAGUGCUUCUGCUUUGACGACAUGUUGGAGAGGUUCAGAACCAAAAUACACUUCUCGCGUGUCACGUCAUCAAACAUUUGCGACAUAAGAGGAAUCGAUAAGCAGAAUCAUUGGGCAAGCAAGAAAACGAUUCCUAGUAAUCGAAUUACUGGGAACUGGCUUUCGAUUCCUAUCCCUGUUACUGAUUGUGAUGUAUUUGCUGCUUGGCUGUUUUACCUCACUUUUUCUCUUUGUGCUGCAUGGAUACAUUCGCAAUACUCGUAGCUGAACUGAGCCUUAGGGCAUGUGUCACAUCAGUACUACUGAUGUACUACUAAGACAAAGGAGCACGGAUAUUUUAUUGAUAUGGAUCUCAAGGUGGUUUCUAUUCGUUCCUGAAAAUUGAGCCAUGUCUGAAUUGCAAUAUUUUGUAAGGAAAAAAAAAUAAAUGAUAUGGUUGUUUUUAUUUAUCACAUCUGACUUUUGUCAGUAUGACUGCACAGCAUACUGAUCUGUAGGAAAGCGCUGAAUCUGCAUGUACUAUACAGUAUGUACUGUAUCUUGUUUGAUACUAGUCACUGAUUUCAAUGCCUUUGCCUGCCUGAUGAGAUUUUCUAUUGCAUGCUAUUCCUCUCAAAAAUACAAAUAUUGAUGCUGCUUGACGAAAA